GGCCUCUCUCGAGGAGCCGUGGUCAGUUGUACACGUGUCGUGGAAGCACGAUCGAAGAAUGCAGUACCGUAUAAACGAAGGUUUCCCCCAAGUAAAAUAAACCAAGCGGCUCCAAUCCGCGCCGCCGACGAUUGCCCAGCGCCGAUUAUUGUUUUCCGGUCAACGGAAGCAGAAGAGAAAGCAGCAACUCCGGCCAAUGGCGGCGGCGAGCGCUUGCCCUGCACCGAUGUCGGCGACGUCGAACGGAGCAUGGAACGGUGACGACCCGCUGCACCACUCGCUUCCGCUCAUCAUCCUCCAGAUCUGCCUCGUCCUCGUCGUCUCCCGCUCCAUCGCCUUCCUCCUCCGCCCUCUCCGCCAGCCCCGCGUCAUCGCUGAGAUCAUCGUAAGCCCUAGUUUUCCCUGUCUCCCCGCUCCUCUUCUCGCGACAGAGAGUCGAGUUGCAGUGAUUGCUGCAUCUUUGUGUUUGCAGGGCGGUAUUCUUCUCGGGCCGUCGGCACUGGGCCGCAGCAAGCGGUUUAUGGACAACGUGUUCCCGAAGCAGAGCAUGACGGUGCUCGACACCCUGGCCAACAUCGGCCUGCUCUUCUUCCUCUUCCUCGUCGGCCUGGAGCUGGACCUUCGCUCCAUCCGCCGCACCGGAAAGGGGGCCCUUGCCAUCGCUCUUGUCGGCAUCUCCUUCCCUUUCGUCAUCGGCAUCGGCACUUCCUUCGUCCUCCGCGCAACCAUCGUCGAUGGCGCCCGCCGUGCCCCCUUCAUUGUCUUCAUGGGCGUCGCCCUCUCGAUCACCGCCUUCCCCGUCCUCGCCCGCAUCCUGGCAGAGCUCAAGCUCCUCACCACCGACCUCGGCCGCAUGGCCAUGUCCGCGGCCGCCGUCAACGAUGUGGCCGCGUGGAUUCUCCUCGCCCUCGCUAUAUCCCUCUCCGGCUCCGGUUCUGCGCUCGUCUCCCUCUGGGUCCUCCUCACCGGCAUCGUCUUUGUCACUGGCGUCGCCAUCUUCCUCCGACCCGUCCUCGCCUGGAUAGCACGCCGCUCCCUCGAGGGAGACUCUGUGAAGGAGUCCUACGUCUGCGCCACCCUCGCCAUCGUCCUCGCAGCCGGCUUCGCCACCGACGCAAUCGGCAUCCACGCCCUCUUCGGUGCUUUUCUGGUCGGCAUCUUCGUACCUAAGGACGGCCCAUUCGCCGGAGUCCUCAUCGAGAAGAUUGAGGAUCUCGUCUCCGGCCUCCUCCUCCCACUCUACUUCGUCUCCAGCGGACUCAAGACCAACAUCGCUACCAUCCAUGGCGCCCAAUCUUGGGGCCUUCUCGUACUAGUCAUCACCAACGCCUGCAUCGGCAAAAUCGCCGGCACCAUCGUGGCUUCCGUCGCCGUCAAGAUCCCUCUACGAGAGGCCGUCACACUCGGCUUCCUUAUGAACACCAAGGGACUCGUAGAGCUCAUCGUCCUCAACAUCGGAAGAGAUCGCAAGGUGCUGAACGAUGAGACCUUCGCGAUCAUGGUGUUGAUGGCUCUGUUCACCACCUUCAUCACCACUCCGAUUGUCAUGAGCAUCUACAAGCCGGCGCGGAGAGCCGCAUCUUACAGUUGCAGGAAUGUCGAGAGGAAGGACAUGAACAGCGAGUUCCGCAUCAUGGCAUGCUUCCAUGGCAGCCGCAAUAUCCCCACCUUGAUCAACGUGGUCGAGACAUCCCGCGGCACCAGCUGCCGGAGACUCAUCCUGUACGCUAUGCACCUCAUGGAGUUCUCGGAGCGCCCGUCGGCCAUCUACAUGGUCAAUAAGGUCCGGCGCAACGGCCUUCCCUUCUGGAACAAGCGCGACAACGCCGACCGAAUGGUGGUUGCCUUCGAAGCCUACCGCCGGCUCAGCUCCGUCAGCGUCCGCCCCAUGACGGCCAUCUCGGACCUCGACACCAUCCACGAGGACAUCGUGGCCAGCGCCGAGCAGAAGCGUGUGGCUCUCCUCCUCCUUCCGUUUCACAAGAUGCAGCGUCUCGACGGCGCCCUCGAGUCCAUCGGCCACGCCUACCGCCUCAUCAACCAGCGCGUCCUACGCCAUGCGCCCUGCUCCGUGGCCAUCCUCAUCGACCGAGGCCUCGGCGGCACCACCCAGGUUGCCCCAAACGAGGUCUCCUACCAUGUCGCAGUUCUUUUCUUCGGCGGCCCCGACGACCGCGAGGCCCUCUGCUACGGCGCGGUCAUGGCAGAGCACCCGGGCAUCGUUCUCACGGUUCUCCGCUUCCUCCCGCCGCCGACGGCGAACCUAGAGAACUACAAUGAGGACGAGAUGCUAAUCUCAAACUUCAGGGCCAAUUUGUCCACCGCCGCGAAGGGGUCGCUCAAUUACGAGGAAACUCCUGCCUCCGACAGGGAUGGGAUCGCAGCUGCAAUUAAGAAUUUGGGCGCGCGAACCACUCUGUACCUCGUGGGCCGGUCACCCCCGGCAGUGUCACUUGUUGAAACGAGUGACUGCCAGGAGCUAGGCCCGGUGGGGAGCUAUCUCGCCUCGUCGGAAUUCUCGUGCACGCCGUCGGUGCUAGUGAUACAGCGCUACAAUUCCAGCGGCAACGCGCCUGAUCCGGCAGACCAAGUGUCGGAGGUUUCCGACGUAACCGGCACGCCGCCGGCGCAAGUGACGCCCGAGCCUUUCCAGCAUGAGAAAGGAGGCACGUAGAAGCUGCCGGUGAAGAUGUGAAAAGAAAAGAAAUACGAGGAAAAAAGAACCAUAAAUUAGACAUAAAUUUGAGAAAAAUUCUCAAUCACAAUGCAAUCUCCAUGUCUUAAAAAAAAAAAAAAAUCCCAGAGAAUUACGACAUUGCUGUAGUCACAUCUUCGUAUUCUUCAUCAUUAGAUUCUCUCAUGAACUUUUCA